AUGGCAGCGAGCUCCUCGCCGGGUCAGAGUCCUCUUGGGGGAUUGAGGAGUCGGUUGGGGAGGGACUCGGAGGAAGUGGGGGACAGUAGUGCGGAUGAGAAUACAGCGAUUGUGAAGAAGAGCAACAAUGUGUCAAUCAAGUCGGGAUAUGGAGCGACGGCGAAUGGAGUUGAUCACGAGGAAGAUCAGUUGGUGGGAUAUGAUGGGGCUCUCGAAGGUGUGGGCGUUUUGAGAAAGAAGAAGAGUGGAUCGAUCCGGUCGAGAGGGAGUAUUCGGAAUACAAACACUCCCGCUCAGGGCCAGACACAAGCUCAGCCAGAGACGACGGAACAAGAGCCAGAGCAGGAGAGUUGGUGGAGAUCGCUGGUGGAGAAGUACGGCAGCGUCGAGUUGGAAAACAAGGGAAGUGUGGCACGCGACCAUCUUGCGUUAGAAAGGACCUUCCUCGCCUGGCUACGAACGUCCCUAUCCUUCGCCAGCAUCGGCAUCGCAGUAACCCAGCUCUUCCGCCUCAACACCACCAUCGCCUCCAACAACCCGGACGCCGUAGUAUCAUUCGCUGCGACGAAGAAGCUUCGAGCUGUGGGCAAACCGCUUGGGGCGACAUUCUUAGCCAUCUCGAUAUUGAUCCUCAUGCUGGGUUUCCAUCGUUAUUUCGAGAGCCAGCACUACGUGAUUCGCGGCAAAUUUCCUGCUUCCCGAGGCACUAUCAUCAUUGUCUCUACGGUCGCCGUUGCGCUUAUUGUUGCGAGCUUGAUUGUGGUUGUUGCUGUUGCGCCUGAGGCGUUUGAGCGUUGA